AUGGCAAGCUAUCUUGACGACGAUAAUGUUUCGGAUGCGGGCUCUGUCCCCAGCUUGGACAACUUGCAAUAUGAUGAGAUACUUGACAUUGGAUACCCCGAGGACAUCGACCGGCAUCACGUUGAGGAAAAGAGUGAAGAGUCACAGUUCAGAGAGCAGGCAUGGGAACAACAAUGGAAAGAAGUUGUGCGAUCUCUUGUGUCCGCCGAGGCACGGUGGGACGAAUCUGUGCAAGGACAAGGCCGCUUGCUGGAAGAAUAUAAGAAGAAGGCACUGACAAGCCGAGACGCGAGAGAGAGGACAACGCCUACCUUUCUCCACAUCUUAGAAAAGAGGCGAGAUACUGACGACUUUGGAAAUCUGCCUGGUGACACACAGUUGAUGAUAAUCAGGUAUCUACUUGAGCAUCAGGAUAGUGCCUUGGCCGAAAGUGGCCUCAGCAAACCAAAGGAUGACCUCAUUCUGCGGGUAGCCAUGGAGUUCAACAACACCAAGUUCAUUGAAUCAGUCAUUGAUUGUUCGAGUAAGAUUCCGGGAAAAUUAGACGAGCUACUUAAUGCAACGGACCAUGAUGGAAUGAAUUGUCUUCACUACGCCUUCAAGGAACAGUUAUCAAAAGCUCUAGGAGUCCACCAAGGGAUAAAACAGGGUUCGGCCAUUUUGGCAGAGCGACCGAAUCUACGUACAACUAUUAAGACAAUCCAUGGCUUUGUCAAGGAAGCAAAACCCGAGACAAUAGCCUCAAGAGACACUUAUGGGAACACACCCAUACACUACGCCAUGGACUACAAUAAUUGUCGACUCCAGAUUAAGAAAUAUAGCAACAUGGUUCAAUAUCUCGUUCUAACAGGCGAUAAGCUGCUGAAGAAGAACCCAGAACAGCAGUUCAACUCGAAUAACGAGUCUCCAUACCUGCAUUAUCUGCGCACGCGAGAGAAAUGGCUCAAGCAAACCAAGAGAGCCGGCGCCACAACCGGACCAGCAACUACUUCUUGGGAAAGGAGUGGCAGUCUUACAGGCAAGGAAACCAAAGGGAUCAUCAAGACGAAAGAAAGCGCCAUAUAUGAGUCCAGAAAGGACAGCAAAGACGACGAUUUGACAGGAGAGUAUCAGAAAAAAUCGCUCCCGCCAAAACCCGGGACAACGAGGACAACAAUAGCAUCCUCGCCUCCGCCUGAAAAAAGUCGGGCGUCAUACCCCAUGCCCAACGAAGCUGAAGAUGGGACAGGAGCUUCAGAUUACCUGUCAAGACAGUCUCGUCGCCCUUCUGUACAUGGAUCCGAGACCCAAGUCGCUCAUACAAGCCCGAAUAACCCUAUAUACAUUGAAAACUCAGUUUCCAAGCCCCUUAUGCGUAGGCGAACACAAGUUUACGACCAGACUAUCGAUCCCGCCCAGCCAAAAACUCCGUCUAGUGUGAAAUUGGAUGGUGAGAAAUCCGCGCCAAGCAAGAACGCUCUAGACUCGGAUACAGCAGCAAAGAAAAUCGGGGAGUUUGUUAAAGUUCAUUACAUACGCACGAGAACAGACAUGGAAGCAAAGGAAUUACUUUACGGUAAAGUGGCCUCGGAUAAAAACUUGUACUUUGAUGCAUCUCACCUCGCUGGAAAAACUGUAGAUCAAGUCGUGGACUUGAUUGAAAAGCUCUCAAACGCGGGCGGGUUUGAGGAUACUCUAUCCUAUGUCAAUUUACCCAUCUUGAUGACGAUUCAUGAGAAGGCAAGCGGAUCUAAGUCAGACAAUAGAGGAUACAAUUCAAACGAGAAAAGACAACGUGGAGGCGCCCACCAAGAGAAUCCCAAGCUGGGACGCAGCGCUCUAAUAAUUGUAUUUGACAAAUUGGUGUCAGUGAACAUUCGCCACAUACCGCGACUGCAUGUGGACGAUAGAGAAGGUUUACCUCACACUGAUGCCGCAAUAGAACGUGCUAUUCGAGGUCUCAAUUCAUUUUCCCUCGGUAAUACCAGGAGGGAGGCCAUUAAGAUAGAACCUUGGGAUUGGAGAAAGCCAGACCUGAGCAUGGACGUUAUUUCGUUUGCAGCACCAGAUGCUACCCAUGUCAACCUUUACUGGAGUGGAAACCAGACGAUCCUCAAGGGCUGGGGCUAUCCAGACGGCAUUCCAGGAGAAUUAACACCCGCUAGCAAAGUAAAGAGGGUGACGCUCCAUGCAUUUCCAACAUUCGAAUCUCAAGAAGAUAAUCUCAUACGACUCAAGGGUUUUGAAAGUCGCGAGAGGAUGAUGAAAAUGAUAGAAAGCUUUGAGAAUGAGGUUAAUGACAGGACAAAAGGAAGAGUCAAGAUCGAGAAGAGGAUUCACACCGGCACAAUUAUAUCCAAUAUCAAAUCUGAUGAUGACCUAGACGAUUCAGAAAUUGGAAUAUCGGAUGGCCCUCCGCAGCAAGUCUGGAUUGAGAGAAUGGAGGAUUUCCGACGCUCUUUGAUCUCUGUCCACCGGCUUCUAAACAACAGGCUUAAAAUCCCACGCGUCAAGGCAUUUAUUGCCCCCCCGGAUGGGAAAACAGAACAUCCGUGGCAUCAGUCCACCAACGGUCAUGGCACAGUCAUGGCUAAUAUGAUUGCGCGCAUAAACCCCUGGGUUUCACUCGAUGUUAUGAAGAUCCACGAGAGCACCAACCAUAGCCCUGGAAGUAAGACUCGAACAAUUUACGCAGAAAGCGCUGCAAGAGCGAUUGAAGGAGCCAUCAUCCGCAAGGCCGACAUCAUAUCCAUGUCGUGGACUAUCAGAAAAUUAGUGAAGAAGGCAGCUGUUGUACCCAACGUCCUAGUUGCCGGGACCGACGACGAGCACAAGAAAUCUCCAGAGGAGAUGGCCAUGAAUGCACUCCAAAGAGCAAUCGAAAAGGCAAAGUCGCGUAACAUCCUAAUGUUCUGCUCCGCUGCCGAUGAUAUCCAACUCCUUGGCAGGGAAUCUCUUCCUUUCAGCGCAGCAUCGGAUUGUAUUAUUUGUAUUGGCGCCGCACUGCCCAAAGGGCAAAGGGAUCCAACGUCUGAAGACUUCAAUACCAUAAGCUACUUCUUUCCCGGAAACCAAGUGGCGGAGGCCAGAAACCCUCGGUCAUCAAAGCCUGUCGAGUACCAUGAUGGGUCUUCCGUUUCCACCGCAUUGGCCGCGGGACUUGCGUCGCUAAUAAUCUACUGCACAAAUGUUGUCAAAACUUAUUAUGAUGAUUCAAGACCAUUCACCGAUUGGGCGUUGAAACUGCGGAACCACAAGAACAUGCGGACUGCAUUUGAUAACAUCAAUUAUCAGGAUUACGAAGACAGAAAGUUUCUGCCUGUCUGGAAGAUGUUUGGGGACGUGACAGAGCGCAUUAAUAAUGCUCAAGGGGAGGAAAAGAAGAUUUUGGAGUUGGAGACUCUGACUAAGGGGAGGGAGCAAGGCUACAACAAGACACUCACAUUGCGUGACAAGUGA